AUGGAUGGCACAGGACCACCUCCACGAAGAACCAUAGGGGACUCCAUUGCUUACNCUAGCCCGAGAAAUUUCUCAAGCAUUGUGAGGCCCACUAUGAGUGAUAAACUUGCAGAAAUGAAGCCAACUCUACUCCAACUCAUCAGUUCUAAUCAAUUCUCUGGCAUGGAUAAUGAAGACCCUCAUGCUCAUUUGGUCACUUUCUAUGAAUUGUGUGGCUUUGUUGGUGCUAUGGGGGAGGAGGAAGAAGCAUUGUAUAUGAGACUCUUCCCAUUUUCUCUGAAUGGCAAAGCAAAGGAUUGGCUUCAGUCACAACCUAAUCAAAGUUUGACUAGUUGGGAGGAUGUGGAACACAAAUUUCUUGCUCGCUUCUUUCCACCAUCUAAAAGCACANAGAUAAAGGCUGCGAUUGCUACUUUUGUCCAAGGAGUAGAUGAACCACUGUGUGAAGCCUGGGAAAGAUUCAAAGCUUUAUUGAGGAAGUGUCCCAGUCAUGGCUUUAGCUUGGAGAUGCAAGUGCAAAUCUUCUACAAUGGUUUGCAACCUCAUACAAUGAUGAUACUUGAUGCAUCUUUUGGUGGGUCAGUUCUAUUAAGAACUGCUGAUGAGGCCAUUGCUGUUAUUGAAAACAUGGUUUCCACUGACAUGCGGAGCCGACGUGGGAGGACUCAAGUGCAUAAAAGAGGAGUUUAUGAACUUAAUGCUCAGGAUGUAAUACUUGCUCAAAACAAACCUCUUGCCCAACAAAUGGAGCUCCUGACCCAAAAUAUGGCUAAGUUACCUCAGCAGUUGCAAGGAAUGCAAAGUCAAGCUCAACCACAUCACCAAGUUAUGAGAUGUGAUUUCUGUGGAGAUAAUCAUCCUAAUGGCCAUUGUCAAGUUCCUAGUGGUUCCCAAUCUGAAGAAGUUCAUUAUAUGGGGAACCAAGGAAGACAAAAUUUCUUCAACAACACCUUCCCUAAUCCUUCCAAUCAAGGGUGGAGACAAGCACAAGGAGCUUCUGGUAGUAGAAAUUCUUAUCAACCUGCUCAUCAAUACUCAUCUCAGAAUGAUAGGAAUACAAAACUAGAAGAAACAUUGCAGAUGUUCAUCCAACAGUCCAUCCAAAACCAAAAGAAUACCAAUGCAUCUAUAAAGAAUUUGGAAAUGCAAGUUGGUCAGUUGGCCAAGCAAUUGACAAGUCAACAAAGUGGACAAUUUUCUGCUAAUACUCAAGCCAACCCUAAGGAAGAGUGUAAUGUCAUAUUCACUAGAAGCGGAAAAGAGAAACGUUUCUAUCCAACCUUGUUUGUGAUUGAAUGUGUGACAAAUGUCAAAACUCCAAGUGAAGUGUCCAAACUGCUGCAAAAUAGCAUCUACCAGACUACCGCUGGGCUGUACCUGGGCUGCACCUGCGCGCUGCACCAGCAAAGGCCAUUUUUGGUGUAUUUUCUGAUACACGGCUCAGUUGCACAAAACUGUGCAGCCCAGCGCCAGCGACGUGUACUGCUGGAGCCUUAUUUGCCCCUAUUUGACCCUGCUUAA